GAAAAACACACUCGCUUCUACCACUUUUGAUGUCGGCAUAAUCCUUAAAUAAAAAGCUCAGCAGGAAGAAAGAAGCUCUCACUUGUAGCAUAUGGGGACAUUUGCUUAGAUCUCAAUAACUCUGAGUGAAGUGAGAGUAUUUUUUUCUUGUCAAGUGACUGAUUUAGGAGCCAGACGUGCUGACCUCGGAAAAUGGAACUGUUGCUACCUGGUCUGAAAUAAAUACAUUGUAUAUUCUAAUUGGAGAGAGAUGUAACUAAAAGCAACUCCUCUUCCAAUUGGGCAUUCCUACAAAUUUUAAAAGAAGGGAUUAAGCCUCAAGGACAAGGAACCAUCGAUGUUUGUCUUCAGUGCACUUUCCAUUUUGAUGCCAAAGCCAGUCCCUUAUUUCAUAAAACUCUGAAAUAUGUAAAAUCCAUUCCUAGGAUACUGGGACCUCUCCUUUCAGUCUUUGGGGAAGUGGUGCAGCUCCCUUCAGUGGCAAUCAGACUCUUGUCAGUCCAAUUAUUCCUAUUUUUGCCAGGUCUCCAUGUGGAGCUCCACUAUGGAUCUAGUGUUUCUGGUUAUCAAUGGCUUGGGAAUGAUUUUGGAUCUCUUGGUUGUCUUGCUGGAUGUCAACUUCUUCCUCUUUUCCACACUAGUGUCCUUCCUCGUAUGGCUCAUUGCAUUUGUUUAUAGCCUGCCCAAUACCUUGGUUGCUUGUGUGAUCCAGUGCUGGAAUGGGACUACGUUAUCCUUGCUAUGCAUAGCCGAGGUUGUAUUAUUGACUCUGGGCUCUGUGCACACCAUCGUCAACAUGCUGCGGGGCUUCUUCUCCAGCAUGGAGAGCUUGAAAGUAGUGGGCCACCUGUCCACCCACCUGACGCUUAAAAGCAAAGAAAUUAUGCACCGUGGUUUCUGGAACCUGGUUGGAUCUGGCCAGUCACUUCUCAGGCAAGUGUGUGAAGUGUGUGCCAUCGUCAUGAGCCUUGUGGCUUACUUCGUUAACAGCAUCAUCAACAUCUGCCUCAUUGGAACCCAGAACCUUUUCUCUCUGGGACUGGCCCUGUGGGAAACUGUUGUUGGCCCCUUUCUGAGGGUCACCGAUAUUUUUGCAGCUUUUGUUGCACGGCUGUCCAGCAGUGCCAUCGCUAUGGCCAUCCUCCUGUGGACUCCCUGCCAGUUAGCGUUUGAUCUGGUGGCCUCUGGGAGCAAGCUGCUGCUUAAUGUUUUCUUCCUCAACCUCUAUGGUUUGAUGUUGCUGUCUGUGAUUCUUGCCACCAGCAUCUUAAUCCUCAACCCUCAGCUGACCGUGACACUGGCAAGCCAAAUGUCUGGCUAUUUAAACACCAUGCCUUCUUACCAGCGCCUGCUCAGAGACAUGCGCCGCCUGUAUCAGAUUGUACUCUUGUCAUUGGAGAUGGUCUUGAGCUCGCAAGCUUGGCGCAGGUUAGCUGACUGGAGCCUCCAGAUGGCUAGCUGGAACAGAGGUGGCAGGGGAGGAAACCACCAUGUGGAACAAGAGCAACAGCUUUUGAUUGAGGGCAACCAAGAAAGGCAAGGAGGACCGGCUGUAGUUCAGGGACCAGCUCCUCCUGGAGCAACUCAUCCAAGAAGACAAGGGCCACCUGUGACCAAUCAGCAGGCUGUACCCCGUGCCCGCCAAACAUGGCAGGCAGCAGCUCGAGGGAGCAGGAACCAGCACAGAACAGAAGAUGAUCUGGAAUCAACUACACAACGGAGUCUGCAGUCAGGGCAGCACCUGCAGCCUCCUGGUGAAGGACCAAGCACAUCACAUGCCAAACCUAGAACAAAAGAGCAGCUUAAUGCUCUGGAGGACGACGAUGACCCAUGGCUUCUUCUCAAAGAACAAGAAGAGCGGAAGAAAUGUGUCAUCUGCCAGGACCAAACAAAGACAGUUUUGCUACUUCCCUGCCGGCAUCUUUGCCUCUGCCAACAAUGCACUGAAAUCCUGCUGCAGCAGGCCAUAUACCAGCGCAACUGCCCACUCUGCCGGCAGAUGAUCCUGCAGACUCUCAAUGUCUACCUGUGACCUAUGUGGAGGGGAUAGCUUUUUCCACAUUCCUUCAAGCUUUCCAUGUGCGUUGGCCAAAGCAUGUGGGGCUGCUGGCAUUUUGUACCUGCUGCUUUCUAUGGCAGCUGGUUGACAGCAGCUUUAUGCUGAUUGUUGAUAUUGGCAAUGGCUACCCUUUUUAUUUCCAAAGAACUAUUGCAGUCAGUGCAGCUUGGAAAUACUAUGGAUGGUUUCUAUGCACCUCUGUUUUCAUUUUCUUGUUGCUGCCACUAGCCGAUCACAGUAAUCAUCUAGAACUUGCUGUUGCUAAAGAUGUUGAGCCAUCAUGGUGAAUAUACAAAAGUGUGGCUUUAAAAAAACAACAACUGGUAACAUGUCAGCCAGAAGCUGACAAGUAAUUAAGGUAGAUUUCUGGUAAGGAGCUACCUGUUGCAAAGAGAGCGGGUGCUGAAAUUGUAGAUUUUUUGGGGUUUCCUAUAACUUAGCAUGUAAACAACAACAACAACAACCCAUAGCAGGCUUGUUUGGUAAACACUUGUGAAAAAUAUGUUAAUCCUUCCCUCAUUCUUUUAUUGGGGGUAUGAAACAAUAUUCUCACCCCAGAAUUUCUUUCUAGAGCAGAAGAAUGUUCCUGGACUACAGCUCCUGUAAUCCCUGACCAUCAGCCAUGCUGACUAGGCUGAUGGGAGUUGGAGUCCAAUAACGUCUAGAGAGCCAUAAGUUUCCCACCUAUGUUAUAAUAGUGAGACUUCAGCAACCUGAAACUGACCAGAAGGUUAGUUUCAUGUUUCUCUUCAGAAUAUUGUCUAGUUACCUUAACAUGUAUUUGUGCAUUCUGUAGUAGGAAAGUUCAUACUUCCAAGCACUGGUGUGUAGAUUUCUGACAGGUGCUAAUACAUAGAAAGGCUCACUAAUUUAGCUUGCACUUUUAAAAACCAUGCACCACGGAAUUCCUACUUUCAAGAAGUACUUCGCAAUACCCAGUGAGCAUCUUUUUGAUGUGUAAUUUUGAAAGAGCUGUGGCAGCACUGUCAUUUCUCACCCCCCUCCAGGUUUUCUGUGCUCAUUUGUUUCAAGACUUCAUAUAAAAAGCAAGCUGGACACCAAAUGUGCAGCUGUGGAGCACAGAGACACCACACACAGUAGUUCACUAGCAAGCUGAAGUCAGGAUCCUCUUGUUUCUGCUGGCAUGCAACUUCCACAGGUCACCUAUGCAAAACUAUUACAUUCCAGCUUUAUUGCACAACUGAUUGAUUGAUAUAUAUUUUCACUCUUUGGGGUCCAGUUGGGGAAAGCUAUAUGUAACCAAAUAUAGUCGUAACAAGUGGCAAGCCUCUUAUCAACAGUGCUGGAGACUGCAUGGUUUGACUCCAGGCAAUGUUAAGUCUC